AUGAGCUAUACUCCUGAAGAAUUAAUAUGUAUGGUCACUGAGAAGAUUAAUUAUGGAGAAGAGUUAAUAAGAAAAUUAGAAGCUAUACGUGACGUAGAUGGUGUUCCAAAAUUACAAAGGAAAAUUCAGCAUGAAAUUGAUUUCUUAGCUAGGUUGAAAAGGUCUAAAAAAAUAAAAGCUGAGCAGUUAUCAUGCUCUAAUUUGAGACAUCUUGGGGCAAUGGUGGAUAGUGCAAUGAGAGAUGGGGUCAUUUCCGUUUGUAAAAUCUUCCACAUUAAUGCUGAAUGUAAACUUGUUAUUGAUAUUAUAAGUGAAGAAGGAAAGACAUGGACUAAAGUGAUUGCUCGGAACCCAAAAUCAUUGUCAGCCUUAAGUGAAGGGAAUUCAUCUUAUGGAGCAAGAUCUAUUUUAGACCAAGCAAAAGACUAUAUUGAAUGUGCUCAACUUUACCCUUGUAUGUACAAAUCACCUAAGGUUAUAUUUGAGUUUGUUAGUGGAAUAGAAGAGCACUUAGCCAAUAAGUUAAAAGCAUGUGGUGUAAUAGUAAAUGGAGAAAUACUACAAAACUCAAUAAACAAAAGUGAUGAUGAUGGUUCAGAUUUAUCAGAUGAUGAAGAUUUUUCUUUUGAAACUACUGCAAAUCACACACUAGCAAAUUUGUCAAAUAAUGUUGAUGAAAGUGGUAUCACCACUCUAAAUUUGGAUGUAACAGCAAUGAUGGCAUAUGUAAGCAAUAUGACUAAUGGUCACUGCAAGUAUGUUUUUAAACAAGAUGUUCUAACAGAACAAGCGGCUUGGGACGCAGAGAGACCUGUAAAACCUAUAUUAAAUAAAUUAUUUGAAGGAAAAUCUUUGGUAUGCUGCAGAACUGCUUGGGAUAACUUUGAGAAAAUCGUAAACACUCUUGGUGGACCCCAUGAAAAGCAGCGAACAAUGCAGUUAAAAGAAAAAUUAACAAUUUAUGAUGAUAAUUAUGGAGGACCUGAUGAUUUUCCUCGGCAGACUUUAAAAGUAAGAGGAAAUGUACGUUUACGAUCUAAGACAGUAUUUAAUUUCGGACAUAGGAUCAAGGCACUUACUGUUUCAGCUAAUGUGGGCUUUGUAAGAGCAGCAAUGCAGCAGGGGGUUAACUAUGCUGCCUUUAUUCACGAAUCCAGAGCACUUACUGAAGGAAAAGAAAGUUCUGCUACAAAAAUAUUAUGA